GAAGGAGUGGCUGUGUCUGAACUGCCAGAUGAAGAGAAUGGAAUCCCCAGGACUUCCCAUGAAAAAAACCCCAACCUUCUCCCAACAACGGUUCUGCACCUCAGAAGACCACUGUCACACCCAGCACACCCCAAAAGAAUAACACUCCAACACCAGGCUCCCCCCAGAGAAAACCUGCUACAUCAGCAACACAGCCACCCAAAGUAGAGGUUGCUAAAGCAGCAGACGCUCAGAAACCUUCCAGCCCAGCUCCUGCUCAGAAGACACUACAGGAGAACCGGAGAACAUCAGGGCCUCAGAAACCACCAGAGCAGCCAGGCCAACCUGGGCUUAAGCAGAGUAAUGCUACCCCAUCCACACAGCAGGAGUCUGGAAAGCCUCAGCAACAGCCUCCAAAAAGUGGAGCCUCUCUUGCCAAAGCUGUGCCACCAGAGGCCCAGCCCCCCAAAGAGGAGUCAGGGGGCUUCUUCGACUUUGGUGGUGCAAAAUCUCAGCCUGUCCCUUCAAAGCCUGAAGAGUCAGUGUCUGGGAAGAUGUUUGGCUUUGGCUCCUCCAUCUUCAGCUCUGCAUCCACUUUGAUCACCUCAGCUGUUCAGGAUGAGCCCCGCAUCACACCACUAGCUUCCCCCAAGGUGUCUGCACUGGCCCAGACCUCUCCCAAGAUGCCCCCUGCAAAGGAGACCAAACCACCUGCUGCUCAGAAAGCAGAGGAGAAGAAAGCAGAGCAACCCCAGCAGGCCAAGGUCCCCCCAUCAGUACAGGCCAAAGUGGACAAACCCCCACCAGAGCCUCCAAAGGGAGCAGCAUCCUCCCAACCAGCUCCCAAAGCAGGCCAGUCCACCUGUCCACUCUGCAAGGUGGAACUCAACAAGGGCUCCAAGGACCCUCCCAACUACAACACCUGCACGGAAUGCAAGAACACUGUCUGCAAUCUCUGUGGAUUUAACCCCAUGCCAAAUGUUACUGAGGUAAAACAGCCAGAAUCACUUUAUUACUGUGUAAAUGAAUUAUGACUGCUAUAUUUAAGCAAUAAGGCACGAGGGGGUGUGGUAUGUGGCCAAUAUACCACGGAUAAGGGCUGUUUUUAUGCACAACGCAACGCGGAGUGCCUGGAUACAGCCCUUAGCCGUUGUAUAUUGGCCAUAUACCACAAACCCUGAGGUGCGCUAUUGCUAUUAUAAACUGGUUACCAACGUAGUUAGAGCAGUAAAAAUAAAUGUUUUGUCAUACCCAUGGUAUACGGUCUGAUAUACCAUGGCUUUCAGCCAAUCAGCAUUCAGGGCUCGAACCACCCAGUUUAUAAUAUCAUUUAGAAAAGGCUCUCUCUUUUAUAGAAAAGUUCAGAGAGCUAAAUAAUCUCUACACAAAUCAUCUAGAGGAAAAUCGAAGAAAUUCUGAAAUUAAAAUGUUAUCUCUCAGAUUUGAAAUGUCUAUUCGUUCUGAUCAAUGUAUUUCAGUUCCAGAAAUAACUUUUAGACAUUGCACCGUUGGUCUGUUCAUUACUUGUUUAGUCUCUCCUUAUGCAAAUACAGUAGGAACAACCAGUGUGACAAGGUUUUAGCCUGAGAGGAAUAGUUUGGGAUUUUAAUAUAUUUCAAUUUACUGACAAUUUCUGGCUUUAUAAAAGAGAGACAAUGCAAAGUCUCACGUGAAGUGGUUAUGGCUAUUUCAUUUCCUGAAUUGUUCUUGACCCAUAUUAAUUCUACCAACAGUAGCAUGGUAUUAGGCCUAUAUGGCGCAGCGGUCUAAGGCACUGCAUCUCAGUGCUCAAUGCUUGAGUGCUUGAGGUGUCACUACAGACCCCCUGGUUCGAUUCCAGGCUGUAUCACAACCGGCCGUGAUUGGGAGUCCCAUAGGGCGGCGCACAAUUGGCCCAGCGUCGUCCGGGUUUGGCCGGUGUAGGCCGUCAUUGUAAAUAAGAAUUUGUUCUUAACUGACUUGCCUAGUAAAAUAAAAAAUAUGAAUAGAAGUGGAAUUUCAGAUGGUUCAAAUACAUCUCUUUUACAGUGUGCUUUGCACAAAUGCAAUACACCAAAUACUUAAACUGCAAGUUAUGUUGAAGCUCAAACAGCAAGAAUGAUGUAUCACAGUGUGCUGGACAAUUUAUGUCUCAGAGGGUAGGGAAGUGUCUGCUGAUAUCACUGCAGAAACAUUUGCCUGUGCUGCUUUCCAUCAUACGUAGUUAGAGCUGUAUAAGAAAUGUAUCAAAUUCUGUAUUCCUCUCACAAUGUGAAAAUGUUUAAGGUGAAGGAGUGGCUGUGUCUGAACUGCCAGAUGCAGAGAGCACUUGGAGGAAUGGAAGAUCCAGAACAUCCCAUGAUGAAACCCAAGCCUUCACCCAACAAAGUCUCUGCUCCUGCUACUCCUCAAAAGAAAGACACUCCAAAACCAUCUGGUCCCCAUAAAGUGGCCACUGCACCAGCCUCACCCAAAAAGGAGCCAGUGACUCGAGCCUCUCAGCCUGUCGCCUCAAAACCUGAAGAGUCAGUGUCUGGGAAGAUGGUUGGCUUUGGCUCCUCCAUCUUCAGCUCUGCAUCCACUUUGAUCACCUCAGCUGUUCAGGACGAACCACACACCACACUGCCAGCUUCCCCCAAGGUGUCUGCACACGUUGCAUCUCAAAAGAAGGAUACUCCCACACCUGCUGGUCCCCCAAAAGAUAUAUCAACACCAGCGUCACCCAAAAAAGAGUCUAAAACAACAGCCACAGCCGCAAAGAAGGACACCCCAAUGCCAGGCUCCCCAAAGAGAAAGCCAGACUCCCCCGCAGUGACUGCAAAAGAGGAACCAGAAACCUGCAGGCCCUCUAAAUCAAGGAGACCCAUCAGGGUAUAUGCAGGGGAGUGCUGCCCAACCACAGCAGCAGCCCACACAGCAGAAGACUCAACAACAAGUCCAACCUCAGCAGAACCCAGCAGGGGCACGUACAGCAGAGCCUGGGAACCCUCAGCAACAGCCUCCAAAACUUGGGACCUCUCCAGGACCUGCUGAGAAGGCACCACAAGAGAACCGGAGAACAUCAGAACCUCAGAAACCACCACAGCAGCCUAGCCCUGGGCGUAGGCAAAGCAGUGGCAUUCCAUCUACACAGCAACACCCCAAGCUGGAGUCAGGAGGUGUAUUUGGCUUUGGUGGACCCAAAUCGCAGUCUGCCUCUUCAAAGCCUGAGGAGUCAGUGUCUGGGAAGAUGUUUGGCUUUGGCUCCUCCAUCUUCAGCUCUGCAUCUUCGUUGAUCACCUCAGCUGUUCAGGACGAGCCCCGCACCCCACCGCCAGCUUCUCCCAAGGUGUCUGCAGCAGCCAAGGCCUCUCCCAAGAUGCCCCCUGCAAAGGAAACCAAACCACCUGCUGCUCUGAGAUCAGAGGAGAAGAAAGCAGAGCAACUCCAGCAGGCCAAGGUCCCCCCAUCAGUACAGGCCAAAGUGUACAAACCCCCAUCAGAGCCUCCAAAGGGAGAAGUAUCAUCCCAAUCAGCUCCCAAAGCAGGCCAGUCCACCUGUCCACUCUGCAAGGUGGAACUUAACAAGGGCUCUAAGGACCCUCGCAACUACAACACAUGUACCAAAUGCAAGAACACUGUUUGCAACCUCUGUGGAUUUAACCCCAUGACACAUGAAACAGAGGUAAGAGAACAUGACAGUUCAAGAGCACUGCUUUCAGCAAGCAUAUGUCCUGUUGUUAUCACUUAUGGAUGCGUCUCUUUAGAAGAUUACAAAGUACAGCCUCAUGUUCACUGAUUUGUUUCUAAAUGAUCAAAUCACACUAGUCUGUUUUGAUGAUAAACAUUAGUUAUUUUUUCCACAGAACCAGCUUUGUAGAUAAAGCAAAUGAUGCAGGCUCUCUCAUUUUGCCUGUGUUUUGUAUUUGUAAGUCGCUCUGGAUAAGAGCGUCUGCUAAAUGACGUAAAUGUAAAUGUAAAUGUACUUAAAGUUAUUUAUUAAAUGCAAAGCUGCAAAUAUAGGCUGCUUUAACCAAUACUAUACAGGGCAUAAUAUGUGUAAAUUUCACCAAAGAGCAUACGUUAUUAUAUUUAAACUUUAAGUAGGCAACCUUAUGGUAUGCUACCUGAUGCAAUGACUGGACCCUCAAAAAUAUACCAACUGUGUAACUUCCUAUGUACAUAUUCAGCCAUUUGUAAAAUUAGAUUGACAUGAAUUGAACUCCGCUAGAUACCAACAGGAAACCUGAGUAUACAGUAUAUAUCUAACACAGCCUUACUAUUUCAGGUGAAGGAGUGGCUGUGUCUGAACUGCCAGAUGCAGAGAGCUCUUGAAGGAAUGGAACCCCCAGGAACUCCCAUGAUGAAACCCUCGCCCAGCAAAGUCUCUACACCUGUUGCUCCUCAAAAGAGGGACACUCUCACUCCAGCCGGUGCCCCAAAAGUGGCCACUUCACCAACCUCACUGAAAAAGGAGCUAGUGACUCGAGUCUCUCAGUCUGCCCCCUCAAAGCCUGAAGAGUCAGUGUCUGGGAAGAUGUUUGGCUUUGGUUCCUCCAUCUUCAGCUCUGCAUCCACUUUGAUCACCUCAACUGUUCAAGAUGAACCCCGCACCACACCGCCAGCUUCUCCCAAGGUUUCUGCACCUGUUGCACCUCAACAGAAGGAGACUCCCACACCAGCUGGUCCCCAAAAAGUUGCCACUGCACCAGCCCCAACCAAAAAGGACCCAGAGACCCCUGCUUCAGUGAAAGAGGAUAAACCUGCACCAGGCUCACCACAGAAGAAGAAGAUUUCUCCUUCAGUGGCUUCACAGCAGCACCAGAAGCCAGUGGACAAACCAACUCCAACGUCUGUCCAACAACCUCCACAGCAGAAGACUCAACAACAACAAGGCCAGCCUCCGCAGCCCCCAGCAGGUGCACCGAAAGCAGAGCCUGGGAAUCUUCAGCAACAGUAUCCAAAAGGUGGAGCCUCUCCUGCCAAUGCUUUGCCACCACAGGCCCAGCCCCCCAAACAGGAGUCAGGAGGCUUAUUUGGAUCUGGGGGUCCCAAAUCUCAGCCUGAAAAGCCUGACGAGUCAGUGUCUGGGAAGAUGUUUGGCUUUGGCUCCUCCAUCUUCAGCUCUGCAUCCACUUUGAUCACCUCAGCUGUUCAAGACGAGCCCCGCACCACACCGCCAGCUUCCCCCAAGGUGUCUGCAGCAGCCCAGACAUCUCCCAAGAUGCUGCCUGCAAAAGAGACCAAACCACCUGCUGCUCGGAAAGCAGAAGAUAAGAAAGCAGAGCAACUCCAGCAGGCCAAGGCCCCCUCAUCAAUACAGGCCAAAGUGUACAAACCCCCAUCAGAGCCUCAAAAGGGAGCAACAUCCCCCCAAUCAGGUACCAACACAAAUCAGUCCACCUGUCCACUCUGCAAGGUGGAACUCAUUAUGGGCUUCAAGGACCCUCCCAACUACAACACCUGCACCGAAUGCAAGAACACUGUCUGCAACCUCUGUGGAUUUAACCCCAUGCCACAUGAAAAAGAGGUAAGAGAAAAUGACACUUUCAAUUCACUUCUUUCAGCAAGCUCCUUUCCUGUUAUAUCUAAUCACUUACAGAUGUAAGAUCAUAAUUUGAGCCAGUUUGCUACAGCAGGAAAAUAAUCCAGGAGCAACAGGAAAUGUGAAUUAUUAUGUGGAUUAUAAUAAAUGGACAUUUUUGUAGGGGUUGAUUCAAUGUAAGGGAAAAUCAAGUUUGACAUUUCAAAUAGGAAAUUACAAACUUCAGAAGCCUUUUUACACCUCAAAUACACUACAAGUUAGAAAUGUCCUGAAUUGCAGAAAGGUUCUCCUGCAACACAGUGAUAAAAUUAAGAUCCUCUAUCGGUAUGGAUUCAGCUCUUUGGAAGAUUACAAAGUACAGCCUCAUUUUCACUGAUUUGUUUUUAAAUGAUAAAAUCACACAGUCUGUUUUGUUGAUAUGCAUGAGUUAUUUUGUGAGCAGAACCAGCUUUGUACAUUACGCAAAUUAUGUCAACUCUGUCAUUUUCCCUGUGUUACCUUAGCAAAGUUAUUUAUUAAAUUCAAAGCUUCAAAUAUAGGCUCCUUUAAACCAUCUAUACAAAGCAUAAUUUGUGUAGAUUUUCACACAGAUACUAUAUUGAGUUAUUUCCCAAAGAGCAUACAUGAUGGUAUUGAAACUGUAUGUAAGCUACUUUUAAGUAAGCUACCUGAUGCAAUGACCAUGGGCACUCAAAAGUAUAGCCACCAGUCUAUUUUCCUAUGUACAUACAGUGCCUUGCAAAAUUAUUCAUCCCCCUUGGCGUUUUUCCUAUUUUGUUGCAUUACAACCUGUAAUUUAAAUUUAUUUUUAUUUUUAUUUCAUGUAAUGGACAUACACAAAAUAGUCCAAAUUGGUGAAGUGAAAUUAAAAAAAUUACAUAUUUCAAAAAAUUAUACACAAUAAAUAACGGAAAAGUGGUUCGUGCAUGUGUAUUCACCCCCUUUGCUAUGAAGCCCCUAAAUAAGAUCUGGUAUAACCAAUUACCUUUAUAAGUCACAUAAUUAGUUAAAUAAAGUCCACCUGUGUGCAAUCUAAGUGUCACAUGAUCUUUCACAUGAUCUCAGUAUAUAUACACCUGUUCUGAAAGGCCCCAGAGUCUGCAACACCACUAAGCAAGGGGCACCACCAAACAAGCGGCACCAUGAAGAACAAGGAGCUCUCCAAACAGGUCAGGGACAAAGUUGUGGAGAAGUACAGAUUAGGGUUGGGUUAUAAAAAAAUAUCGAAAACUUUGAACAUCCCACGGAGCACCAUUAAAUCCAUUAUAAAAAAAAUUGAAAUAAUAUGGCACCACAACAAACCUGCCAAGAGAGGGCUGCCCACCAAAACUCACGGACCAGGCAAGGAGGGCAUUAAUCAGAGAGGCAACAAAGAGACCAAAGAUAACCCUGAAGGAGCUGCAAAGCUCCACAGUGGAGAUUGGAGUAUCUGUCCAUAGGACCACUUUAAGCAGUACACUCCACAGAGCUGGGCUUUACGGAAGAGUGGCCAGAAAAAAGCCAUUGCUGAAAGAAAAAAUUAAGCAAACACAUUUGGUGUUCAACAAAAGGCAUGUGGGAGACUCCCCAAACAUAUGGAAGAAGGUACUCUGGUCAGAUGAGACUAAAAUUGAGCUUUUUGGCCAUCAAGGAAAGCUCUAUGUCUGGCGCAAACCCAACACCUUUCAUCACCCCGAGAACACCAUCCCCACUGUGAAGCAUGGUGGUGGCAGCAUCAUGCUGUGGGGAUGUUUUUCAUCGGCAGGGACUGGGAAACUGGUCAGAAUUGAAGGAAUGAUGGAUGGCGCUAAAUACAGGGAAAUUCAAACCUGUUUCAGUCUCCCAGAGAAUCGAGACUGGGACGGAGGUUCACCUUCCAGCAGAACAAUGACCCUAAGCAUACUGCUAAAGCAACACUCGAGUGGUUUAAGGGGAAUGGCCUAGUCAAAGCCCAGACCUCAAUCCAAUUGAGAAUCUGUGGUACACCAGCGGAACCCAUCCAACUUGAAGGAGCUGGAGCAGUUUUGCCUUGAAGAAUGGGCAAAAAUCCCAUUGGCUAGAUGUGCCAAGCUUAUAGAGACAUACCCCAAGAGACUUGCAGCUGUAAUUGCUGCAAAAGGUGGCUCUACAAAGUAUUGACUUUGGGGGGGUGAAUAGUUAUGCACGCUCAAGUUUUCUGUUUUUUUGUCUUAUUUCUUGUUUGUUUCACCAAAACAAUUAUUUUGCAUCUUCAAAGUGGUAGGCAUGUUGUGUAAAUCAGAUGAUAGAAACCCCCCCAAAAUCCAUUUUAAUUCCAGGUUGUAAGGCAACAAAAUAGGAAAAAUGCGAAGGGGGGUGAAUACUUUCGCACGCCACUGUAUUAUGCCAUUUGUGAAGUUAAAUUGACAUUCAUUGGAUUUAGAUAGAUACCAACAGGAAACCUGAGUAUGCAAUAUGUAUCUAAUGUAACAUAUCAUUACUCUUUCAGGUGAAGGAGUGGCUGUGUCUGAACUGCCAGAUGCAGAGAGCUGUUGGAGGAAUGGAACCCCCAGGAACUCCCAUGAUGAAACCCUCGCCCAGCAAAGUCUCUACACCUGUUGCUCCUCAAAAGAGGGACACUCUCACUCCAGCUGGUGCCCCAAAAGUGGCCACUUCACCAACCUCACUGAAAAAGGAGCUAGUGACUCGAGUCUCUCAGCCUGACCCCACAAAGCCUGAAGAGUCAGUGUCUGGGAAGAUGUUUGGCUUUGGCUCCUCCAUCUUCAGCUCUGCAUCCACUUUGAUCACCUCAGCUGUUGAGGAUGAACCACUCACCCCACUGCCAGCUUCCCCCAAGGUGUCUGCAGCAGCCCAGGCCUCUCCCAAGACGCCCCCUGCAAAGGAGACCAAACCACCUACUGCUCAGAAAGCAGAGGAGAAGAAAGCAGAGCAACUCCAGCAGGCCAAGGUCCCCCCAUCAGUACAGGCCAAAGUGGAUAAGCCCCAAUCUGAGCCUCCAAAUGGAGCGGCAUCCUCCCAACCAGCUCCCAAAGCAGGCCAGUCCACCUGUCCACUCUGUAAGGCGGAACUCAACAAGGGCUCCAAGGACCCUCCCAACUACAACACCUGCACUGAAUGCAAGAACGCUGUCUGCAACCUCUGUGGAUUUAACCCCAUGCCACAGGAAACAGUAAGUAAAGAGUAUAUAUUUCAUGAAAGUAAUUAGGCUACUCUAACAUAACUGUUGUGCUUUAUUUUAGAACAAUUGGUUAAGGAUACUAACUAUACAUAGACAAUGUUUAUAGUCGGCAGUCACGUUUUUCAUGGGAAGUGCAAGAUAAGAUAUUUGUAUUAAUAUAGGCUUUUCUAAAAAAAAGGUAUAAUAUUGGUUAAUGAUCUUUCUGGAAACUAAUUGUAAUCUGACACCAUUGUCUUUGAGUAUCUUGGCAAGGUUUUGACAUUCAUGUUCGUCUGAUACUGAUCACAUUUAACAUAUUGUACGUUGCAUUACUUUUGUCUGAAGGGGUUUGGAGUACAUAGUGCCUCCCAAUAUUCUACAGAAUAUGCUAGGGAUGUAACGAUUCACCGAUAUGCAUCGGUCCCCGAUUCAAAGUUGAAGAUGGAAGUGCUUCAGUCCACGGACCCCAAACCAAUCCAAAUGUAGCAUGCAUCGGUCAAAAAAUAGAUUAUAAAGUUACGAAUUGCAGGUUCACAAGCAUUUUUUGCUCAUAUUGCAUUUUUUCUACCGUCCUAAAAUAUCUAUUAUCUUGUGACAACUGAUGUGUCCUCUCUUCUUCAGUGUUGAACUACAUAUAACUGUGUUGACAGUCAUUGGUCUACAAUUCAUUUUGCAUGCUGAACAACCCCAUGCAAUAUCAGUAGCCUAUUCAAACUGCACACUCUACCCAGCUUCGUGCACUGACCAGCACGAGGUAGGCAGCCUGUUCCUGAUCUUGCACAUAUGCACGGCACCUUCAGCAUUCAAAUGCUAAAAUGGCUUGCGUAAUGUUAAGCUUCAUUAGUUGAGUGACAACCUAUGUAAUUUGCUAGGUUAUUAUCUAUGUGCUGUUGAAAAUGGUGUUUUACCAGAAUAAAAGUAAGCUACAGGAGACACAACUCUUAUCUGGCUAUACCUGCUGAACAGGGCUUAGAAUGGAUUUGAUUUUGAUUGUUCAGUUUGAUUGUUCAGCAAUAGUUUUGGUGGUUUUGCUUUAAACAAUCAGUAUGGUAAUUUUUAGAUAUACAUGGUAAAGUUCAUAAUUUCAUAACGAGGACACCAAUCACAUUUGCGAGGCAUGGCCGAAGCGGGAGGAGAAGCUCACUCAGUAAAAACUUCCAAACGGUCAAAAUCAUUUGGUUUCGAGAUGGGGGUGAAAUCCAAAGUUGUGCUAUAUAUUAAUUGGCUAUGAUUACAUUUACAUUUUAGUCAUUUAGCAGACGCUCUUAUCCAGAGCGAUUUACAGGAGCAAUUAGGGUUAAGUGCUUUGCUUAAGGGAACAUCGACAGAUUUUUCACCUAGUUGGCUCGGGGAUUAGAACCAGCGACCUUUCGGUUACUGGCAGAACGCUCUUACCCACUAAGCUACCUGCCACCCUAUAUAUGUCACAGCUAAUGUUUCACAAUACAUAUUAAUACAUUACUAUCUCAAAGACUUAAUCUGCAAAAAUUACAAGUUAAUCAGUGGGUGAUGGUGAUUUCAGAACCAAAGUGGCUGGACAAAAAACAUAUGCUACAUUGCCCCGUUGAUCGUGGUAGUGGGGUGGUAGAUGCCUAGUCUCCCUUAUGGCUCAGGUCAGGUGCAUACAUAGUACAUACACCAUAGAUAUACAGAAUUUACACACACUCGCACACACACACACACAAACAGAGAGAGAAGUCAGCUUCGACAGAUCCAGCUCAGAGAGUCCCAGCUGUCCAUCAGCAGCCAAUUUUAAUUUAGAAUGGAAAAUGAAUGUGUUUAUGCAACAAAUGUUAAUGCAUCGAAUCGUAUCCAGCGAACCGAAUUGCGUCGAUUCAUUCUCUAAUCAAGCCGAAUCGCACCGAAUCAUUUCAAACUAAAACGUAGCGUUCCUGUAUCGUAUCGGAGCCCAUGUAUCUAGCUAGAUACGUAUCGAUUUGUCUUGAAACUGAAAGAUUCACAUCCCUAGAAUAUGCAGAAGACUUAAAAAUUAGGUUCACAAACAAUGAGAGUACAUUUUAGUUCUGUGAACACACUCACACUCUAUGUAGAUGUUGUUAUCUAAUUGUAUUAAUACGCUCUGAUAUAAAUUAUUAAUUUGAUUUAGCAUCAUGAAAUUUAGAGCAUUAAGACUCUAGUUUUGUAUGUUUGUCACAUGUAGUAUGCAGUAUUUGAAUAGCAACUAAGAUAAGAGCAUCUAUAAAUGCUCAGACUGCAAUAACAUUCAAAGGAAAAGUUUACUUUUUUUUAAUCAACACUUAUUUUAUUUCAGGUAAAGGAAUGGCUGUGUCUGACCUGCCAGAUGCAGAGAGCACUUGGAGGAAUGGAACCCCCAGGACCUCCCAUGAUGAAACCCCAACCCUUGCCCACCAUAGUCUCUACACCUGUUGCACCUCAAAAGGAGAAUGUCACACCUGCUGCAUCUCAAAAGCCGUACCCAGCUCCAGCUAAAUCCCAGAAGGAGGAGAUCCCAGUACCUGUGGCUGCCCAAAAUGAGAUCACUCCACCCACUGUACCUCAGGAGACACCAAUUCCCAUUGGAACCCCAGCACCAACUGCAGUCCAGAAUAAGGAGACCCCAGAACCAGGAUCCAUACAAAAUAAACAGGCUCCAUCUGCUGUGGCUGCGAAGGAGAACCAGGAAUCUAUAAUUGUUCCGAAACCAGUGGACCAACCAAUUCCAGCCAGACCCAAACCAAGUGGAGCUGCUACACCUGCACAGCAACCAGAAAAGCAAACUCCUCCCAUGCAACAGCCUGCUACAAAGCAACCACCACAAGUACAACCCCAGCCAGCUCCAAAGCCAGACCCCAAAACUGCUCACCUAAAGCAGGAGCCUGGAAAGCUUCCACAACAGCUUCCAAAAGGAGGGACCUCUCCUGCCAAAGCUGUACCGGAACCACAUGCCCAGCCCACCAAGCAGUCAGGGGGCUUCUUUGGCUUUGGUGGUGCUAAAUCUCAGCCAAAGCCUGAAGAAUCAGUGUCUGGGAAGAUGUUUGGCUUUGGCUCCUCUAUCUUCAGCUCUGCAUCUACUUUGAUCACCUCAGCUGUUGAGGACAAACCACUCACCCCACCGCCAGCUUCCCCCAAGGUGUCUGCAGCAGCCCAGGCCUCUCCCAAGAUGCCCCCUGCAAAGGAGACCAAACCACCUGCUGCUCAGAAAGCAGAGGAGAAGAAAGCAGAGCAACUCCAGCAGGCCAAGGUCCCCCCGUCAGUACAGGCCAAAGUGGACAAGCCCCAAUCCGAGCCUCCAAAGGGAGCGGCAUCCUCCCAACCAGCUCCCAAAGCAGGCCAGUCCACCUGUCCACUCUGCAAGGUGGAACUCAACAAGGGAUCCAAGGACCCUCCCAACUACAACACCUGCACUGAAUGCAAGAACACUGUCUGCAAUCUCUGUGGAUUCAACCCCAUGCCAAACGUUACUGAGGUAAUACAUUACAGUUCUGUGAAUUAAUUUCAACAUAAUACAAUGUAAAUUGUAGCAGCCUAAUUAUUAAUUGGUUUAGUUACACAAAAUAAUACACUUGUAUUCAACUAUAACUAUAGUAUUCAAGCAAGAUACUUAGAGUAAUGACUGGGCAUGUUGUAUGCAGACUGUAUAUUCACAUGGAAAUAUUCAGCAAUAUAUUUAUGAAGAUUCCUUGAAAUGAUUUUUCCAGCUAUCAUACCAACAGGUAACCGGGGUAUACAGUAUGUAUCUAACACAACAUUGCUCUUUCAGGUGAAGAAGUGGCUGUGUCUGAACUGCCAGAUGCAGAGAGCUCUUGGAGGAAUGGAACCCCCAGGACCCCCCAUGAUUCAUCAGUCUCCCAAGAAAGUGUCUGCACCUCAAACGGUCGCUGUCACACCCAGUGCAGCCCAAAAGGAUAUUGCAACACCUGCUGCAUCUGCGAAGAAAGACAGUCAAACCCCAGGCUCCCCUCAAAGGAAACCAAUUCCCCCUGCAGCUGAAGUAUCAAACGCUGAAGCUGCUAAAGCAGCAGGCACUCAAAAACUGGAAAGCCCAGUGUCUGCUCAGAACACUCCACUAGAGAAUCGGAGAACAUCAGAACCACCGAAACCACCACAGCAUCCCAGCCCUGGGCGUAGGCAGAGUAGUGCCAUCCCAGCCUCAAAGCAACCCCCCAAGCAGGAGUCAGGAGGCUUAUUUGGCUUUGGUGGUCCUAAAUCUCAGUCUAUCCCCUCAAAGACUGAAGAGUCAGUGUCAGGGAAGAUGUUUGGUUUUGGCUCCUCCAUCUUCAGCUCUGCCUCCACUUUGAUUACGUCAGCUGUUCAGGAGGAGCCCCACAUCACACCGCCAGCUUCCCCCAAGGUGUCUGCACCUGUUGCACCACAAAAGAAGGAGACUCCCACACCAGCUGGUCCCCAAAAAGUGGCCCCUACUACAGCCUCAGCCAAAAAGGAAACCGUGACCCCUGCUUCAGUGAAAGAGAAGAACACCCCAGAUCCAGGCUCGCCACAGAAUAAGCAGGUUUCUCUGGCAGUGGCUUCACAGCAGGACCAGAGGCCAGUAGACAAACCACCUCCAACACUUGUCCAACAACCUCCACAACAGAAGACUCCACAACAACAAGGACAGCUUCAUCAGCCUUCAGCAGGUGCACCGAAAUCAGAGCCUGAUAUAUCAAUAGUUGAAGCUGCUAAAGCAGAAGACACUCAAAAACAUCCAAGCCAAGGGCCUGCUCAGAAGGCACCACAGGGGAACCGGAGAACAUCAGAACCUCCAAAACCACCACAGCAGCCUAGCCCUGGGCAUAGGCAGAGUAGUGCCAUCCCAGCCUCACAGCAACCCCCCAAGCAGGAGUCAGGAGGCUUAUUUGGCUUUGGUGGUCCUAAAUCUCAGUCUAUCCCCUCAAAGACUGAAGAGUCAGUGUCAGGGAAGAUGUUUGGCUUUGGCUCCUCCAUCUUCAGCUCUGCCUCCACUUUGAUCACCUCAGCUGUUCAGGACGAACCACUCACCCCACCGCCAGCUUCCCCCAAGGUGUCUGCAGCAGCCCAUGCCUCUCCCAAGAUGCCCCCUGCAAAGGAGACCAAACCACCUACUGCUCAGAAAGCAGAGGAGAAGAAAGCAGAGCAACCCCAGCAGGCCAAGGUCCCCCCAUCAGUACAGGCCAAAGUGGACAACCCCCCAUCAGAGUCUCAAAAAAGAGCAGCAUCUUCCCAACCAGCUCCCAAAGCAGGCCAGUCCACCUGUCCACUCUGCCAGGUGGACCUUAACAUGGACUCCAAGGACCCUCCCAACUUCAACACCUGCACCGAAUGCAAGAACACUGUCUGCAACCGCUGUGGAUUUAACCCUAUGCCACAUGUUACAGAGGUAAGUGAAAAUGCAAUUAUUAUAGGACGCAAGUAAUAAUUUAUGUAAUUCUUUGCUUAAAUAUUUUCAGAUAUAUACAUUGAUCAUACGGUCUGUCAUUUUCCGUUGUAUUAUUAUAGUUGACAUUGUUUUUUAAAAUUCUACUUUAACUUUUUUUCAGGUGAAGGAAUGGCUGUGUCUGAACUGCCAGAUGCAGAGAGCACUUGGAGGAAUGGAACCCCCAGGACCUCCCAUGAUGAAACCCCAACCCUCGCCCAGCAAGGUUUCUACACCUGUUGCACCUCAAAAGGAGUCUCCUGCAUCUGCUGCAUUUCAAAAGGAAAAGGAGACUACCAUACAUGCUGCAGCCCAGAAGAAGGACAUCGCCACACUCCAAAAAGAGGACACAACUACACUUUCUGCACCACAAAAGGAGGCUCCAUUGCCAGCCUCAUCCAAAAUGUCACCACAAAAGAAAAAGUAUCCUACACCACCAGGUGUGUCCCUAGCGAAUGAGGUCCCAACCCCAGCUUUACCUGUCAAUAAGGUUUCUGCCCCUGCCCUUAUCAAGGAUGCACCAACUCCUGCUUCUCCUCUCACCAAGGAGGCGCCAACUCCUGCCUCAGCUCUCGAUAAGGAGGAACCAACUCCUGCCUCCUCUCUCAUCAAGGAGGCACGAACUCCUGCCUCAGCCCUCAACAAGGAGGAACAAACUCCUGCCUCCCCUCUCAUCAAGGAGGCACCAACUCCUGCCUCAGCUCUCAACAAGGAGGAACCAACUCCUGCGUCACCUCUCACCAAGGAGGCACCAGCCCCAACCUCACCCCAAAAGAAGAAGGAACCUAUACUGCCAGGGUCACUAGACAGAAAGGUGGCCCCAAAACCAGAUUCAACCCCAAAUAAAGAUGCUGUACCAUCAGGUUUACCUCUGAAGAAGGAAGCCCCACCUUUGGGAGCAGUAGAAACUAAUGAAGUCCAAGCUACAGCUGCAAUACAGAGCAAAGAUGCCCACAUUCCAGGUUCACCCAAAACAAAAGUGACUCCAACAGUUGACACCCCACUAAAAAAAGAGGCUUCAUCUACUGAGAUCUCAAUUGACAACCAGAAACUUGACAACCAGAAACCUGCAAUUGUACAAAAGUCGGUGAAGCAACCAGCCACACCUACAACCAAGCAGAACGAGCCAGUUCAACCUUUACAGCAGCCAGAAAAUCAAAUGCCUGCGCGGGAACAGCCGGCUACACAGCCCCUGACACAAGUACAGCCUCAGGAAACUCCAAAGCCGGACCCUAAAUUCACUCUCCCAAAGCAGGAUCCUGGGAAACCAGCCAAUCCAGCACCUGCUCAGAAGUCAUCACAGAACCCAAGAACAUCAGAACUUCAGACACCACCACAGCAGCCCAGACUUCCCGGGCGGAGGCAGGGUAGUGCCAUCUUAGCCACACAGCAACCCCCCAAGCAGGACUCAGGAGGCUUAUUUGGCUUUGGUGGUCCCAAAUCUCAGUCUACCCCCUCAAAACCUGAAGAGUCAGUGUCUGGGAAGAUGUUUGGCUUUGGCUCCUCCAUCUUCAGCUCUGCAUCCACUUUGAUCACCUCAACUGUUCAGGACGAGCCCCGCACCACACUGCCAGCUUCCCCCAAGGUGUCUGCAGCAUCCCAGGCCUCUCCCAAGAUGCUGCCUGCAAAAGAGACCAAACCACCUGCUGCUCAGAAUGCAGAAAAGAAAGCAGAGCAACCCCAGCAGGCCAAGGUCCCCCCAUCAGUACAGGCCAAAGUGGACAAGCCCCAAUCCGAGCCUCCAAAGGGAGCGGCAUCCUCCCAACCAGCUCCCAAAGCAGGCCAGUCCACCUGUCCACUCUGCAAGGUGGAACUCAAUAAGGGAUCCAAGGACCCUCCCAACUACAACACCUGUACCGAAUGCAAGAACACUGUCUGCAAUCUCUGUGGAUUCAACCCCAUGCCAAACGUUACUGAGGUAAUACAUUACAGUUCUGUAAUACAAUGUCAAUUUGCCUGUGCUAUUUUUGUAGCAGCCUAAUUAUUAAUUGCUUUAGUUACACAAAAUGUUACAUUUGUAUUCAACUGUAACUAUAGUAUUCAAGCAAGAUACUUAGAGUAAUGACUGGGCAUGUUGUAUGCAGACUGUAUAUUCACAUGGAAAUAUUCAGCAAUAUAUUUAUGAAGAUUCCUUGAAAUGAUUUUUCCAGCUAUCAUACCAACAGGUAACCGGGGUAUACAGUAUGUAUCUAACACAACAUUGCUCUUUCAGGUGAAGAAGUGGCUGUGUCUGAACUGCCAGAUGCAGAGAGCUCUUGGAGGAAUGGAACCCCCAGGACCCCCCAUGAUUCAUCAGUCUCCCAAGAAAGUGUCUGCACCUCAAACGGUCGCUGUCACACCCAGUGCAGCCCAAAAGGAUAUUGCAACACCUGCUGCAUCUGCGAAGAAAGACAGUCAAACCCCAGGCUCCCCUCAAAGGAAACCAAUUCCCCCUGCAGCUGAAGUAUCAAACGCUGAAGCUGCUAAAGCAGCAGGCACUCAAAAACUGGAAAGCCCAGUGUCUGCUCAGAACACUCCACUAGAGAAUCGGAGAACAUCAGAACCACCGAAACCACCACAGCAUCCCAGCCCUGGGCGUAGGCAGAGUAGUGCCAUCCCAGCCUCACAGCAACCCCCCAAGCAGGAGUCAGGAGGCUUAUUUGGCUUUGGUGGUCCUAAAUCUCAGUCUACCCCCACAAAGCCUGAAAAGUCCAUUUCUGGGAAGAUGUUUGGCUUUGGCUCCUCCAUUUUUAGCUCUGCCUCCACUUUGAUUACGUCAGCUGUUCAGGAGGAGCCCCGCAUCACACCGCCAGCUUCCCCCAAGGUGUCUGCACCUGUUGCACCUCAAAAGAAGGAGACUCCCACACCAGCUGGUCCCCAAAAAGUGGCCCCUACUACAGCCUCAGCCAAAAAGGAAACCGUGACCCCUGCUUCAGUGAAAGAGAAGAACACCCCAGAACCAGGCUCGCCACAGAAGAAGCAGGUUUCUCCGGCAGUGGCUUCACAGCAGGACCAGAAGCCAGAAGACAAUCCACCUCCAACACUUGUCCAACAACCUCCACAACAGAAGACUCCACAACAACAAGGACAGCCUCAGCAGCCCUCAGCAGGUGCACCGAAAUCAGAGCCUGAUAUAUCAAUAGUUGAAGCUGCUAAAGCAGAAGACACUCAAAAACAUCCAAGCCAAGGGCCUGCUCAGAAGGCACCACAGGGGAACCGGAGAACAUCAGAACCUCCAAAACCACCACAGCAGCCUAGCCCUGGGCGUAGGCAGAGUAGUGCCAUCCCAGCCUCACAGCAACCCCCCAAGCAGGAGUCAGGAGGCUUAUUUGGCUUUGGUGGUCCUAAAUCUCAGUCUAUCCCCUCAAAGUCUGAAGAGUCAGUUUCAGGGAAGAUGUUUGGCUUUGGCUCCUCCAUCUUCAGCUCUGCCUCCACUUUGAUCACCUCAGCUGUUCAGGACGAACCACUCACCCCACCGCCAGCUUCCCCCAAGGUGUCUGCAGCAGCCCAUGCCUCUCCCAAGAUGCCCCCUGCAAAGGAGACCAAACCACCUGCUGCUCAGAAAGCAGAGGAUAAGAAAGCAGAGCAACCCCAGCAGGUCAAGGUCUCCCCAUUAGUACAGGCCAAAGUGGACAAACCCCCAUCAGAGCCUCAAAAAAGAGCAGCAUCUUCCCAACCAGCUCCCAAAGCAGGCCAGUCCACCUGUCCACUCUGCCAGGUGGACCUUAACAUGGACUCCAAGGACCCUCCCAACUUCAACACCUGCACCGAAUGCAAGAACACUGUCUGCAACCGCUGUGGAUUUAACCCUAUGCCACAUGUUACAGAGGUAAGUUAAAAUGCAAUUAUAAUAGGAAGCAAGUAAUAAUUUAUGUAAUUCUUUGCUUAAAUAUUUUUAGAUAUAUGCAUUGAUCAUACGGUCUGUCAUUUUCCAUUUUUUUAUUAUAGUUGACAUUGUUUUUCACAAUUCUACUUUAACUUUUUUUCAGGUGAAGGAAUGGCUGUGUCUGAACUGCCAGAUGCAGAGAGCACUUGGAGGAAUGGAACCCCCAGGACCUCCCAUGAUGAAACCCCAACCCUCGCCCAGCAAGGUUUCUACACCUGUUGCACCUCAAAAGGAGUCUCCUGCAUCUGCUGCAUUUCAAAAGGAAAAGGAGACUACCAUACAUGCUGCAGCCCAGAAGAAGGACAUUGCCACACUCCAAAAAGAGGAGACAACUACACUUUCUGCACCACAAAAGGAGGCUCCAUUGCCAGCCUCAUCCAAAAUGUCACCACAAAAGAAAAAGUAUCCUACACCACCAGGUGUGUCCCUAGCGAAUGAGUUCCCAACCCCAGCUUUACCUGCCAAUAAGGUUUCUGCCUCUGCCCUUAUCAAGGAUGCACCUACUCCUGCUACUCCGCUCACCAAGGAGGCACCAACUCCUGCCUCAGAUCUCACCAAAGAGGAACUAACUCCUGCCUCAGCUCUCGAUAAGGAGGACCCAACUCCUGCCUCCUCUCUCAUUAAGGAGGCACAAACUCCUGCCUCAGCUCUCACUAAGGAGGAACCAACUACUGCCUCCCCUCUCAUCAAGGAGGCACCAACUCCUGCCUCAGCUCUCGCUAAGGAGGAACCAACUCCUGCCUCCUCUCUCACCAAGGAGGCACUAACUCCUGCCUCAGCUCUCACCAAGGAGGAACCAACUACUGCCUCCCCUCUCAUCAAGGAGGCACCAACUCCUCCUUCAGAUCUCACCAAGGAGGAACCAACUACUGCCUCCCCUAUCAUCAAAGAGGCACCGACUCCUGACUUAGCUCUCAACAAGGAGGAACCAACUCCUGCGUCCCCUCUCAUCAAGGAGGCACCAACUCCUGUCUUACCACUCUCCAAGGAGGCCCCAGCCUCACCCCAAAAGAAGAAUGAACCUAUACUGCCAGGGUCACUAGACAGAAAGGUGGCCCCAAAACCAGAAUCAACCCAAAAUAAAGAGGCUGUACCAUCAGGUUUACCUCUGAAGAAGGAAGCCCCACCUUUGGGAGCAGUAGAAACUAAAGAAGUCCAAGCUACAGCUGCAAUACAGAGCAAAGAUGCCCACAUUCCAGGUUCACCCAAAACAAAAGUGACUCCAACAGUUGACACCCCACUUAAAAAAGAGGCUUCAUCUACUGAGAUCUCAAUUGACAACCAGAAACUUGACAACCAGAAACCUGCAAUUGUACAAAAGUCGGUGAAGCAACCAGCCACACCUACAACCAAGCAGAACGAGCCAGUUCAACCUUUACAGCAGCCAGAAAAUCAAAUGCCUGCGCGGGAACAGCCGGCUACACAGCCCCUGACACAAGUACAGCCUCAGGAAACUCUAAAGCCGGACCCUAAAUUCACUCUCCCAAAGCAGGAUCCUACAACACCAGCCAAUCCAGCACCUGCUCAGAAGUCAUCACAGAACCCAAGAACAUCAGAACUUCAGACACCACCACAGCAGCCCAGACUUCCCGGGCGGAGGCAGAGUAGUGCCAUCUUAGCCACACAGCAACCCCCCAAGCAGGACUCAGGAGGCUUAUUUGGCUUUGGUGGUCCCAAAUCUCAGUCUACCCCCUCAAAACCUGAAGAGUCAGUAUCUGGGAAGAUGUUUGGCUUUGGUUCCUCCAUCUUCAGCUCUGCAUCCACUUUGAUCACCUCAACUGUUCAGGAUGAGCCCCGCACCACACCGCCAGCUUCCCCCAAGGUGUCUGCACUUGCCCAGACGUCUCCCAAGAUGUCCCCUGCAAAAGAGACCAAACCGCCUGCUGCUCAAAAAGCAGAGAAGAAAGCAGAGCAACUCCAGCAUGCCAAGGUCCCCCCAUCAGUACAGGCCAAAGUGGACAAAUCCCCAUCAGAGCCUCCACAGGUAGUAGCAUCCUCCCAACCAGCUCCCAAAGCAGGCCAGUCCACCUGUCCACUCUGCAAGGUCAGACUCAACAAGGGCUUUAAGGACCCUCCCAACUACAACACUUGCACGGAAUGCAAGAACACAGUCUGCAACCUUUGUGGAUUCAACCCUAUGCCAGAUGAAACAGAGGUAAUUAAAGAGUCUGUUUCAUCAAAGUAAUUAGGCUACUCUAACAUAACUGUUGUGCUUUAUUUUAGAACAAUUAGUUAAGGAUACCCACUAUACAUAGGCAAUGUCUAUAGUUGCCGGUCAUGUCUUUCAUGGGAGGUGUAAGAUAGGAUAACAAGAUGCUUUGAGUGAGAUCUUUUUAUUAAUCAUUUUCUGAUAUUGUCUAAUAUUGGUUUAUGAUCUUCCUGGAAACAAAUUGUAAUCUGGCAGCAUUGACUACCAAUAUCUUUGGACUUCAUGGUAUAGUUUCUGCUCUGACAUGCAUUGUCAACUGUGGGACCUUAUAUAGACAGGUGUUUCUUUCUAAAUGUCUGAACAAUUGAAUUGGCCACAGGUGGACUCCAAUCAAGUAUUGACAUCUCAAGGAUGAUCAAAGAAAAUUGGAAUGCACCUGAGCUCAAUUUGGAGAAUCAUGGCAAAGGGGUGUGAAUACUUACAGUACCAGUCAAAAGUUUGGACACACCAACUCAUUCAAGAGUUUUUCUUUAGUUUUACUAUUUUCUACAUUGUAUAAUAAUAGUGAUGACAUCAAAACUAUGAAAUAACACAUAUGGAAUCAUGUAGUAACCAAAAAAGUGUUAAACAAAUCAAAAUAUAUUUUAUAUUCUUCAAAGUAGCCAUCCUUUGCCUUGAUGACAGCUUUGCACACUCUUGGCAUUCUCUCAACCAGCUUCACCUGGAAUUAUUUUCCAACGGUCUUGAAGGAGUUCCCACAUAUGCUGAGCACUUGUUGGCUGCUUUUCCUUCACUCUGCCGUCCAACUCAUCCCAAACCAUCUCAAUUGGGUUGAGGUCGGGGGAUUGUGGAGGCCAGGUCAUCUGAUGCAGCACUCCAUCACUCUCCUUGGUCAAAUAGCCCUUACAUAGCCUGGAGGUGUGUUUUGGGUCAUUGUCCUGUGAAAAACAAAUGAUAGUCCCACUAAGCGCAAACCAGAUGGGAUGGCGUAUCGCUGCAGAAUGCUGUGGUAGCCAUGCUGGUUAAGUGUGCCUUGAAUUCUAUAUAAAUCACAGACAGUGUCACCAGCAAAGCACCCCCACACCAUCACACCUCCUCCUCCAUGCUUCACGGUGGGAACCACACAUGCGGAGAUCAUCCGUUCACCUACUCUGCGUCUCACAAAGACACAGCGGUUGGAACCAAAAAUCGUACAUUUGGACUCAUCAGACCAAAGGACAGAUUUCCACCGGUCUAAUGUCCAUUGCUCGUGUUUCUUGGCCCAAGCAAGUCUCUUCUUAUUAUUGGUGUCCUUUAGUAAUGGUUUAUUUGCAGCAAUUCGACCAUGAAGGCCUGAUUCACACAGUCUCCUCUGAACAGUUGAUGUUGAGAUGUGUCUGUUAAUUGAACUCUGUGAAGCAUUUAUCUGAGGUGCAGUUAACACUAAAUAACCUAUCCUCUGCAGCAGAGGUAACUGUAGGUCUUCCUUUCCUGUGGCGUUCCUCAUGAGAGCCAGUUUCAUCAUAGUCACAAAAACCAUCAAGCGCUGCACUUGAAGAAACUUUCAAAGUUCUUGAAAUUUUCCGGAUUGAUUGACCUCCAUGUCUUAAAGUAAUGAAGGACUGUGAUUUCUCUUUGCUUAUUUGAGCUGUUCUUGCCAUAAUAUGGACUUGGUAUUUUACCGAAUAGGGCUAUCUUCUGUAUACCAUGUCACAACACAACUGAUUGGCUCAAACAAAUUAAGAAGGAAAUAAAUUCCACAAAUUAACUUUUAACAAGGCACACCUGUUAAUUGAAAUGCAUUCCAGGUGACUACCUCAUGAAGCUGGUUGAGAGAAUGCCAAGAGUGUUCAAAGCUGUCAUCAAGGCAAAGGGUGGUGACUUUAAAGAAUCUAAAAUAUAUUUUGAUUUGUUUAACACUUUUUUGCUUACUACAAGAUUCAUAUGUGUUAUUUAAUUGUUUUGAUGUCUUCACUAUUAUUCUGCAAUGUAGAAAAUAGUAAAAAUAAAGAAAAACCCUGGAAUGAGUAGGUGUGUCCAAACGUUUCACUUGUACUGUAUGUAAAUUAGAUAUUUCUGUAUUUCAUUUUCAAUACAUUUGCAAAGAUUUCUAAAAACAUGUUUUCACUUUGUCAUUAUGGGGUGUUGUGUGGAGAUUGGUGGGGAAAAAAUAAUUUUAAUGCAUUUUGAAUUCAGGCUGAAACACAACAAAAUGUGUAAUAAGUCAAGGGGUAUGAAGACUUUCUGAAGGCACUGUCUGUCCUAUUAAAAUUAGGUUCACAAACCAUGAGAGGAGAAACAUUUAAGAUUGUAGGUCUAUAUUCACACACUCUUUAGAUGUUAUCUAAUUUUAGAUUUUGUAGAAUUGUAUUAAUACAGCCUGAUAUAAAGUAUUAUUUUCAUUUAGCAUCUUCAGAUUUAGAGCAUUAUGAUGGUAGUUUUGGUAUGUUUUUCACAUGUGGUAUGCAAUAUUUAAAUAGCAACUAAUAUAAGAGCAUCUGCUGGUGCUCAGACUGCAAUAAUAUUCUACAAAAUUGUUUUAUUUUACAAUUUAUUCCAAUACUGUUAUUUUUUCAGGUAAAGGAAUGGCUGUGUCUGACCUGCCAGAUUCAGAGAGCACUUGGAGGAAUGGAGCCCCCAGGACCUCCCAUGAUGAAACCCCAACCCUUGCCCACCAUAGUCUCUACACCUGUUGCACCUCAAAAGGAGAAUGUCACACCUGCUGCAUCUCAAAAGCCGUACCCAGCUCCAGCUAAAUCCCCGAAGGAGGAGAUCCCAGUACCUGUGGCUGCCCAAAAUGAGAUCACUCCACCCACUGUACCUCAGGAGACACCAAUUCCCACUGGAACCCCAGCACCAACUGCAGUCCAAAAUAAGGAGACCCCAGAACCAGGAUCCAUACAAAAUAAACAGGCUCCAUCUGCUGUGGCUGCGAAGGAGAACCAGGAAUCUAUAAUUGUUCCGAAACCAGUGGACCAACCAAUUCCAGCCAGACCCAAACCAAGUGGAGCUGCUACACCUGCACAGCAGCCAGAAAAGCAAACUCCUCCCAUGCAACAGCCUGCUACAAAGCAACCACCACAAGUACAACCCCAGCCAGCUCCAAAGCCAGACCCCAAAACUGCUCCCCUAAUGGAGCCAAUGACUCCUUCUUCAGAGAAAGAGAAGAAGACCCCAGUACCAGGGUCACCACAGAAGGAGGUAUCUCCAGCAGUGGCUUUACAGCAGGACCAUAAGCCAGUGGACAAACCGACUCCAACACUUGUCCAACAACCUCCACAACUGAAGAGUUCACAACAACAUGGACAGCCUCCGCAGCCCUCAGCAGAGGCACCAAAAUCAGAGCCUGAUAUAUCAAUAGUUGAAGCUUCUAAAUCAGCAGACACUCAAAAACCGGCAAGCCGAAUGCCUCCUCAGACGGCACCACAGGGGAACCGGAGAACAUCAGAACCUCAUAAACCACCACAGCAGCCUAGCCUUGGGCGUAGGCAGAGUAGUGCCAUCCCAGCCUCACAGCAACCCCUCAAACAGGAAUCAGGAGGCUUAUUUGGCUUUGGAGGUCCCAAAUCUCAGUCUGCCUCCUCAAAGCCUGAAGAGUCAGUGUCUGGGAAGAUGUUUGGUUUUGGCUCAUCCAUCUUCAGCUCUGCCUCCACUUUGAUAACCUCAGUUGUUCAGGAUGAGCACCGCACAACACCACCAGCUUCCCCCAAGAUGUCUGCACUGGCCCAGACCUCUCCCAAGACGCCCCCUGCAAACGAGACCAAACCACCUGCUGCUCAGAAAGCAGAGGAGAAGAAAGCAGAGCAACUCCAGCAGGCCAAGGUCCCCCCAUUAGUACAGGCCAAAGUGGACAAGCCCCAAUCCGAGCCUCCAAAGGGAACAGCAUCCUCCCAACCAGCUCCCAAAGCAGGCCAGUCCACCUGUCCACUCUGUAAGGCGGAACUCAACAAGGGCUCCAAGGACCCUCCCAACUACAACACCUGCACUGAAUGCAAGAACACUGUCUGCAACCUCUGUGGAUUUAACCCCAUGCCACAUGAAACAGUAUGUAAAGAGUAUAUGUUUCCUCAAAGUAAUUAGGCUACUCUAACAUAACUGAUGUGUUUUAUUUUAGAACAAUUGGUUAAGGACACUAACUAUACAAAGACAAUAUUUAUGAUCGCCAGUCAUGUCUUUCAUGGGAGGUGUAAGAUAGGAUAACAAGAUGCUUUGAUGGAGUUAUUUGUAUUAAUAUAGGCUUUUCAAAAAAAAUUGUCUAAUAUUGGUUCCUGAUCUUCCUGGAAACCAAUUGUAAUCUGACAGCAUUGUCUUUGAGUAUCUUGGCAAGGUUUUGAUAUUCAUGUUCAUCUGAUAAUGAUCACAUUUAACAUAUUGUACGUUGCAUUACUUUUGUCUGAAGGGGUUUGGAGUACAUAGUGCCUCCCGAUAUUCUACAGAAUAUGCUAGGGAUGUAACGAUUCACCGAUAUGCAUCGGUCCCCGAUUCAAAGUUGAAGAUGCAAGUGCUUCAGUCCACGGACCCCAAACCAAUCCAAAUGUAGCAUGCAUCGGUCAAAAAAUAGAUUAUAAAGUUACGAAUUGCCGGUUCACAAGCAUUUCUUGCUCAUAUUAAAUGUUUUCUACCGUCCUAAAAUAUCUAUUAUCUUGUGACAACUGAUGCGUCCUCUCUUCUUCAGUGUCGAACUACAUAUAACUGUGUUGACAGUCAUUGGUCUACAAGUCAUUUUGCAUGCCGAACAACCCCAUGCAAUAUCAGUAGCCUAUUCAAACUGCACACUCUAUCCAGCUUCGUGCACUGACCAGCACGAGGUAGGCAGCCUGUUCCUGAUCUUGCACAUAUGCGCGGCACCUUCAGCAUUCAAAUGCUAAAAUGGUUUGCGUAAUGUUAAGCUUCAUUAGUUGAGUGACAACCUAUGUAAUUUGCUAGGUUAUUAUCUAUGUGCUGUUGAAAAUGGUGUUUUACCAGAAUAAAAGUAAGCUACAGGACAACUCUUAUCUGGCUAUACCUGCUGAACUGGGCUUAGAAUGGAUUUGAUUUUGAUUGUUCAGUUUCCGCACCAGCAAUAGUUUUGGUAGUUUUGCUUUAAACAAUCAGUUUGGUCAUUUUUAGAUAUACAUGGUAAAGUUCAUAAUUUCAUAACGAGGACACCAAUCACAUUUGCGAGGCAUGGCCGAAGUGCGAGGAGAAGCUCACUCAGUAAACACUUCCAAACGGGGUAAUCCAAAGUUGUGCUAUAUAUUAAAUGGCUAUGUCACAGCUAAUGUUUCACAAUAAAUAUUAAUACAUUACUAGCUCAAACACUUAAUCUGCAAAAAUUACAAGUUAAUCGGUGGGUGAUGGUGAUUUCAGAACCAAAUUGGGUGGACAGAAAACAUAUGCUACAUUGCCCCGCUGAUAGUUUUAGUGGGGUGGUAGAUGCCUAGUCUCCCUAAUGGCUCAGGUCAGGUGCAUACAUAGUACAUACACCAUAGAUAUACAGAAUUUACACACACUCGCGCGCACACACACACAGAAAGAAGUCAGCUUCAACAGAUCCAGCUCAGAGACUCCCAGCUGUCCAUCAGCAGCCAAUUUUAAUUUAGAAUGGAAAAUGAAUGGGUUUAUGCAACAAAUGUUAACGCUUCAAAUCGUAUCCAGCGAACCGAAUUGCUUUGAUUCGUUCUUUAAUCAAACCGAAUCGCACCGAAUCGUUUCAAACUAAAACGUAUCGUUCCUGUAUCUUAUCGGAGCCCAUGUAUCUAGCUAGAUAUGUAUCGAAUCGUCUUGAAAGGUAAAGAUGCACAUCCCUAGAAUAUGCACCAGACUUUAAAAUUAGGUUCACAAACAAUGAGAGGAAAAACAAUGAGGAUUUUAGGUCUAUGAACACACUCACACUCUGUAGAUGUUGUUAUCUAAUUUUAGAUCUUGAGGAAUUGUAUUAAUACGCUCUGAUAUAAAUUAUUCAUUUUAUUUAACAUCUUCAGAUUUAGAGCAUUAAGACAUUUGUUUUGUCACGUGUAGUAUGCAUUAUUUAAAUAUCAACUAAAAUAAGAGUAUCUGUAAGUGCUCAGACUACAAUAACAUUCUAAAAUAUUCUUUACAAAUUAUUUUUAUCAACGCUGUUAUUUUAUUUCAGGUAAAGGAAUGGCUGUGUCUGACCUGCCAGAUGCAGAGAGCACUUGGAGGAAUGGAACCCCCAGGACCUCCCAUGAUGAAACCCCAACCCUUGCCCAGCAUAGUCUCUACACCUGUUGCACCUCAAAAGGAGAAUGUCACACCUGCUGCAUCUCAAAAGCCGUACCCAGCUCCAGCUAAACCCCAGAAGGAGGAGAUCCCAGUACCUGUGGCUGCCCAAAAAGAGAACACACCCACUGUACAUCAGGAGACACCAUUUCCCGCUGGAAACCCAGAAUCAACUGCAGUCAAAAAGGAGGAGACCCCAGCACUAGGAUCCACACAAAAUAAACAGGCUCCACCUGCUGUGGCUGCGAAGGAGAGUGAAGAACCUAUAAUUGUUCAGAAACCAGUGGACCAACCAAUUCCAGCCAGACCCAAACCAAGUGGAGCUGCUACACCUGUACAGCAGCCAGAAAAGCAAACUCCUUCACUGCAACAGCCUGCUACAAAGCCACCACCACAAGUACAAACCCAGCCAGCUCCAAAGCCAGACCCCAAAACCGCUCCCCUAAUGGAGCCAAUGACUCCUUCUUCAGAGAAAGAGAAGAAGACCCCAACUCCAGGGUCACCACAGAAGGAGGUAUCUCCAGCAGUGGCUUCACAGCAGGACCAAACACAAGUGGACAAACCAACUCCAACCCCUGUCCAACAACCUCAACACCAGAAGACUCCACAACAACAAGAGCAACCUCCUCAGCCCCUAACAGUGGCACCGAAAGCAGAGGCCGGGAAGCCUCAACAACAGCUUCCAAAAGGUGGACCACCACCACCACCACAGGCCCAGCCCUCCAAGCAGGAGUCAGGAGGCUUCUUUGGAUUUGGUGGUGCUAAAUCUCAGCCUGCUCAGUCAAAGCCUGAAGACUCAGUGUCUGGGAAGAUGCUUGGAUUUGGCUCCUCCAUCUUCAGCUCUGCAUCCACUUUGAUCACCUCAGCUGUUCAAGAUGAGCACCGCACCAGACCUCCAGCUUCCCCCAAGGUGUCUGCAACUGUUGCGCCUCAACAGAUGGAGAAUCCCAGACCAGCUGGUCCCCAACAAGUGGCCCCUACAACAACCUCACCCAAAAAGGAGUCAAUGACUCGUGCUUUAGUGAAAGAGACCCCAGCACCAGGCUCGUCACAGAAGAAGGAGGUAUCCUCGACAGUGGUUUGCCAGCAGGACCAUAAGCCAGUGGACAAACCGACUCCAACACUUGUCCAACAACCUCCACAACAGAAGACUCCACAACAACAAGGACAGCCUACGCAGCCCUCAGCAGAGGCACCAAAAUCAGAGCCUGACAUAUCAAUAGUUGAAGCUGCUAAAGCAGCAGACACUCAAAAACUGGCAAGCCCAGUGCCUGCUCAGAAGGCUCCACUGGAAAACCGGAGAACAUCAGAACCUCAUAAACCACCACAGCAGCCUAGCCCUGGGCGUAGGCAGAGUAGUGCCAUCCCAGCCACACAGCAAACCCCUGAGGAGUCAGGAGGCUUAUUUGGCUUUGGAGGUCCCAAAUCUCAGUCUGCCUCCUCAAAGCCUGAAGAGUCAGUGUCUGGGAAGAUGUUUGGCUUUGGCUCGUCCAUUUUCAGCUCUGCCUCCACUUUGAUAACCUCAGUUGUUCAGGAUGAGCCCCGCACCACACCGCCAGCUUCCCCCAAGAUGUCUGCACUGGCCCAGACAUCUCCCAAGAUGCCCCCUGCAAACGAGACCAAACCACCUGCUGCUCAGAAAGCAGAGGAGAAGAAAGCAGAGCAACUCCAGCAGGCCAAGGUCCCCCCAUCAGUACAGGCCAAAGUGGACAAGCCCCAAUCCAAGCCUCCAAAGGGAGCAGCAUCCUCCCAACCAGCUCCCAAAGCAGGCCAGUCCACCUGUCCACUCUGUAAGGUGGAACUCAACAAGGGCUCCAAGGACCCUCCCAACUACAACACCUGCACUGAAUGCAAGAACGCUGUCUGCAACCUCUGUGGAUUUAACCCCAUGCCACAGGAAACAGUAAGUAAAGAGUAUAUGUUUCAUGAAAGUAAUUAGGCUACUCUAACAUAACUGUUGUACUUUAUUUUAGAACAAUUGGUUAAGGAUACUAACUAUACCUACACAAUGUUUAUAGUCGGCAGUCACGUCUUUCAUGGGAAGUGCAAGAUAGGAUAAGAAGAUUCUUUUGAUGAAGUUAUUUGUAUUAAUAUAGGCUUUUCUAAACAAUUGUCUAAUAUUUGUUCAUGAUCUUUCUGGAAACCAAUUGUAAUCUGACACCAUUGUCCUUGAGUAUCUUGGCAAGGUUUUGACAUUCAUGUUCAUCUGAUACUGAUCACAUUUAACAUACUGUACGUUGCAUUACUUUUGUCUGAAGGGGUUUGGAGUACAUAGUGCCUCCCAAUAUUCUACAGAAUAUGCUAGGGAUGUAAUGAUUCACCGAUAUGCAUCGGUCCCCGAUUCAAAUUUGAAGAUGCAAGUGCUUCAGUCCACGGACCCCAAACCAAUCCAAAUGUAGCAUGCAUCGGUCAAAAAAUAGAUUAUAAAGUUACGAAUUGCCGAUUCACAAGCAUUUCUUGCUCAUAUUACAUUUUUUCUACCGUCUGAAAAUAUCUAUUAUCUUGUGACAACUGAUGUGUCCUCUCUUCUUCAGUGUUGAACUACAUGUAACUGUGUUGACAGUCAUUGAUCUACGUCAUUUUGCAUGCCCAACAACCCCAUGCAAUAUCAGUAGCCUAUUCAAGCUGCACACUCUAACCAGCUUCGUGCACCGACCAGCACGAGGUAGGCAGCCUGUUCCUGAUCUUGCACAUAUGCGUGGCAACUUCAGUAUUCAAAUGCUAAAAUGGCUUGCGUAAUGUUAAGCUUCAUUAGUUGAGUGACAACCUAUGUAAUUUGCUAGUUUAUUAUCUAUGUGCUGUUGAAAAUGGUGUUUUACCAGAAUAAAAGUAAGCUACAGGAGACACAACUCUUAUCUGGCUAUACCUGCUGAACAGGGCUUAGAAUGGAUUUGAUUUUGAUUGUUCAGUUUCCCCACCAGCAAUAGUUUUGGUAGUUUUGCUUUAAACAAUCAGUAUGGUAAUUUUUAGAUAUACAUGGUAAAGUUCAUAAUUUCAUAACGAGGACACCAAUCACAUUUAAUAAUAAUAUUCCAUUUAGCAGACGCUUUUAUCCAAAGCGACUUACAGUCAUGCUUGCAUACAUUUUUGUGUAUGGGAUGGUCCUGGGGAUCGAACCCACUACCCUGGCGUUACAAGCGCCGUGCUCUACCAGCUGAGCUACAGAGGACCACAUUUGCGCGCACAUACACACACACAAACAGAGAGAGAAGUCAGCUUCGACAGAUCCAGUUCAGAGAGUCCCAGCUCUCCAUCAGCAGCCAAUUUUAAUUUAGAAUGGAAAAUGAAUGUGUUUAUGCAACGAAUGUUAACGCAUCGAAUCGAAUCCAGCAAACCGAAUUGCGUCGAUUCGUUCUCUAAUCAAGCCGAAUCACAACCGAAUCAUUUCAAACUAAAACGUAUCAUUCCUGUAUCGUAUCGGAGCCCAUGUAUCUAGUUCGAUACGUAUCGAAUCGUGUUGAAACUGAAAGAUUCACAUCCCUAGAAUAUGCAGCAGACUUAAAAAUUUGGUUCACAAACAAUGAGAGUACAUUUUAGUUCUAUGAACACACUCACAUUCUAUGUAGAUGUUGUUAUCUAAUUUUAGAUCUUGAGGAAUUGUAUUAAUACUCUGAUAUACAUUAUUAAUUGUAUUUAGCAUCUUGAGAUUUAGAGCAUUAAGACUGUAGUUUUGUAUGUUUGUCACAUGCAGUAUGCAGUAUUUAUAUACAGUGGGGAAAAAAAGUAUUUAGUCAGCCACCAAUUGUGCAAGUUCUCCCACUUAAAAAGAUGAGAGAGGCCUGUAAUUUUCACCAUAGGUACACGUCAACUAUGACAGACAAAUUGAGAGAAAAAAAUUCCAGAAAAUCACAUUGUAGGAUUUUUAAUGAAUUUAUUUUCAAAUUAUGGUGGAAAAUAAGUAUAAGUACACUGUAGCAACUAAGAUAAGAGCAUCUGUAAGUGCUCAGACUACAAUAACAUUCUAAAACAUAUAUAGAUAUAUAUAUUCUUUUUUAUCAACACUGUUAUUUUUUCAGGUAAAGGAAUGGCUGUGUCUGACCUGCCAGAUGCAGAGAGCACUUGGAGGAAUGGAACCCCCAGGACCUCCCAUGAUGAAACCCCAUCCCUUGCCCACCAUAGUCUCUACACCUGUUGCACCUCAAAAGCCGUACCCAGCUCCAGCUAAAUCCCAGAAGGAGGAGAUCCCAGUACCUGUGGCUGCCCAAAAUGAGAUCACUCCACCCACUGUACCUCAGGAGACACCAAUUCCCACUGGAACCCCAGCACCAACUGCAGUCCAAAAUAAGGAGACCCCAGAACCAGGAUCCAUACAAAAUAAACAGGCUCCAUCUGCUGUGGCUGCGAAGGAGAACCAGGAAUCUAUAAUUGUUCCGAAACCAGUGGACCAACCAAUUCCAGCCAGACCCAAACCCAGUAGAGCUGUUAUACCUGCACAGCAGCCAGAAAAGCAAACUCCUUCACUGCAACAACCUGCUACAAAGCAACCACCACAAGUACAAACCCAGCCAGCUCCAAAGCCAGACCCCAAAACUGCUCCCCUCAAGCAGGAGCCUGGAAAGCUUCCACAACAGCUUCCAAAAGGAGUUACCUCUCCUGCCAAAGCUGUACCAGAACCACAUGCCCAGCCCACCAAGCAGUCAGGGGGCUUCUUUGGCUUUGGUGGUGCUAAAUCUCAGCCAAAGCCUGAAGAAUCAGUGUCUGGGAAGAUGUUUGGCUUUGGCUCCUCUAUCUUCAGCUCUGCAUCUACUUUGAUCACCUCAGCUGUUGAGGACAAACCACUCACCCCACCGCCAGCUUCCCCCAAGGUGUCUGCAGCAGCCCAGGCCUCUCCCAAGAUGCCCCCUGCAAAGGAGACCAAACCACCUACUGCUCAGAAAGCAGAGGAGAAGAAAGCAGAGCAACUCCAGCAGGCCAAGGUCCCCCCAUCAGUACAGGCCAAAGUGGACAAGCCCCAAUCCGAGCCUCCAAAGGGAGCAGCAUCCUCCCAACCAGCUCCCAAAGCAGGCCAGUCCACCUGUCCACUCUGUAAGGUGGAACUCAACAAGCGAUCCAAGGACCCUCCCAACUACAACACCUGCACUGAAUGCAAGAACACUGUCUGUAAUCUCUGUGGAUUUAACCCCAUGACACAUGAAACAGAGGUAAGACUGCGAAAUAUGUUCAUUACAUUUGAUUAUGUGUGUAUUAAACAGACUCUCAGAUUUGCUAUGCAUGUUUAAAAGGACUCUGUCAGAGAAAAUACCAAAUCCUCUGUGAUCCCCAAUACUAUGUUGAGGAGGUGCAAUUUCUCUUGGAUUAUUCAGAAGAUGUUAACCCCAUAGGCACGUGGCAGAGGCAAUGACUGAAGGUUGAUGGCAAUUUGCUCACUAACCUGUUGUAUUUUCCAGCCUCAGACUAGUUAUGUUGCUUGUCUAGAGAAAACAGGUGUUAUAGUUUUGAAUGGCUUUCAGCUCAAAUAAGGUACAUUCUUUCCAGUCCAAUAUUUGAUUCACAUUUGCAACAGAGGUCUUUUAUUGUCUUACAUUGAAUGCAGAUGAGUCAGAGGUUGUAGCACAUCAUUGUUUGAUAUUGCUCCCUUUGCUUGUACUGUUAUAACACGCUGGGCACAGACGUCAAUUCAACAUCUAUCCCAAGUUGGUUCAAGGUCAUUUCAUUGAAAUGACGUGGAAACAGCGUUGAUUCAACCAGUGUGUGCCCAGUGGGAAGUGAUUUGAGAGGCUGUAGUCUACUCAAUCUCUUGUUUCCUGAUACAGUGACUCAGGAACAGUGUAGGUCACUACAAGGCAUUUGUGGUGAUUUCAUCUACUGAUGUCUAAUAAUAACAUGCCUGCUCAGACAGCUCACAGCAGGGCUAGGGCUGGCUCUCCGCUCUGUGAAGUCAACCUCCAUUAUAACAGCCCAUAAUCCACCCUGUGUUCUCAGUGCUGCUGUGUUUCACUCAAUACUUUCUGGUAAUGGGAGUCUAAAAGGAUCAAGCUACAGGUAACUGCCAAAAUAAAGGAAGCACUUGAGUAACUGAGGGAUACAAAGUACACAAAAGUAUGUGGACAUCCCUUAAAAGUAGUGGAUUUGGCUAUUUCUAAUCUCUAUAGACAAACUUUGGCAGUAGAAUGGCCUUACUGAAGAGCUCAGUGACUUUCAGCGUGGCACCGUCAUAGGAUGCCACCUUUCCAACAAGUCAGUUCAUCAAAUUUCUGCCCUGCUAGAGCUGCCCCGGUCAACUGUAAGUGCUGUUACUGUGAAGUGGAAACGUCUAGGAGCAACAACGGCUCAGCCGCAAAGUGGUAGGCCACACAAGUUCACAGAACGGGACUGCCAAGUGCUGUAGUGCGUAGCGAGUAAAAAUUGUCUGUCCUUGGUUGCAACACUCACUAUUGAGCUCCAAACUGCCUCUGGAAGUAACGUGAGCCCAAGAACUGUUGGUCUGGAGUUUCAUGAAGUGGGUUUCCAUGGCCGAGCAGCCGCACACAAGCCUAAGAUCACCAUGAGCAAUGCCAAGUGUCGGCUGGAGUGGUGUAAAGCUUGCCGUCAUUGGACUCUGGAGCAGUGGAAAUGCGUUCUCUGGAGUGAUGAAUCACGCUUCACCAUCUGGCAGUCCGACGGACGAAUCUGGGUUUGGCGGAUGCCAGGAGAACGCUACAUGCCCCAAUGAAUAGUGCCAACUGUAAAGUUUGGUGGAGGAGAAAUAAUGCUCUGGGGCUGUUUGUCAUGGUUCGGGCAAGGCCCCUUAGUUUCAGUGAAGGGAAAUCUUUAAUAUUACAGCAUACAAUGACAUUCUAGACGAUUCUGUGCAUCCAACUGUUGUGGCAACAGUUUGGAGAAGGCCCUUUCCUGUAUCAGCAUGACAAUGCCCCCGUGCACAAUGCGAGGUCCAUACUGAAAUGGUUUGUCGAGAUAGGUGUGGAAAAACUUGACUGGCCUGCACAGAGCCCUGACAUCGACCCAAUUGAAGACCUUUGGGAUGAAUUGGAACGCCGACUGCGAGCCAGGCCUAAUCGCCCAAAAUCAGUGCCCGACCUCACUAAUGCUCUUGUGGCUGAAUGGAAGCAAGUCCCCGCAGCAAUGUUCCAACAUCUAGUGGAAAGCCUUCCCAGAAGAGUGGAGGAUGUUAUAGCAGCAAAGGGGGGGACCAACUCCAUAUUAAUGCCCAUGAUUUUGGAAUGAGAUGUUUGACGAGCAGGUGUCCACAUACUUUUGGUUCCUGAGCUAAUUAAGCAAUUAACAUUCCAUCAUGCUUAGGGUCAUGUAUACAAAUGCCCAGUUGCCCAUUAUUUUGUCUACCAUGGCUAAAAGAAAGAGAUAUCAGUGACUUUGAAAGAGGGGUCACAAAUGAGCAUAGGGGGUUUAAAGUAACUGUCCAGUGUUUCCAGAUUUCUAUGAAAUAUGACCUAUACUUACUUACAAUAUGAGCUAAAUAGUUUUCCUUCCAAAUUUGUUUUAUUAAGUAUGUUAAAAAACAGCUUUUCUGUGUUGGAAUGGUGUGGGCGUACCCCAACAACAGAGUGGUGUGGGAAUAUACCAUUCAUAAAAAAUAUUAAUGUGAGUAGACCGCUGACUGGCCAGCUAAACCUGCUCUAGACUGCUGAUUGGCCAGCCCAUCCUCCUCAGGAGUAUGACAUCAUAUUCUAUGAAGAAAUAGCAAACAUUUUUUAAAGUUUAAUGUGGGCUAAGUGUUUUUUCUCCAAUUAAUGCUUUGGCCAUAAAUACGAGUAUAGGAUAGUAUAGUCAACAACAUUAUUUCGGUAUGAGUUAACAGAAUAUUAACUUUUAAAAGUGAGAUAUGCUAAGUGAUUGGCACCCGUUCCAGCCAAUAAUAGACCCUCCGGGGCAGAACAGUUUAGAGUUUACAAAAUAUAGCAUUUUUACCUCCUGGACCUUGACAUGUUUUGAGAGACUGAGAUGGAUUGCAAAGCAUGAGACCUCUAUAGAUGAGAGACUGAAAUGUGUGGAGAGAGAUUGCCUGGAGAGCUGCCCAGAUUAUGCAUUAGAACUGUGCAAUGGCUCUAUGUAACCUUUAUGAAUAUAAUUACUUUUUUGAGGGGCCUCAAACAGUAUUAAAACCAUACUCUAAUGCACUCUGUGUCGGACAGCUGCCUGCCUCUUCCUGGGACAUCCCUCUCAUGGUAAGGUCUCAGUGGAUGUGACAUAAUGGCUCAUGCGAGGAGCGCCUCAACCUUGGCGGUCCAGCAGCAAUAAAACUUUAUUAAAGUGAUUGAGAGUUGUGCAACAGCAUUAGUGAGAUGGGAUCUGCUUCUGUGGCUGGCUGGGGACUUUCCAUUCUCCAUGAGAGAUGGCAGGGCCCUGUAAUAUGCCAAUGAGCAGAGGUGAGCUGGAAUAAUUCCAACACAACACAGCAGCCUGCAGCAGCACGUUUCCCAUGCAGCCAUCACUGGCUCUCUGUACUUCAACAGUUCUCUUUUUAAAUUAUAUUGCUCAGAGCCCCACACAUGCGUGUUGGCUGCUAAUAGUGGUACGUGUGUUGACUUUCUGUCACCAACACACUGACGCGGGCUGGCUAAGGGCUGUAACGUUGGGUGCUGCUCUCACCUCGGUCACCUCUGGGUUAACUAAAGUAGGCUAGUGUUCAUUAGGGAACUCCCCAUUUCCAGGCAGGUAAUGAAGAGUACUUCCAUUACAGCUUCCAUUACAGUGUUUCUCAUUGGCUGUUUAUUCUCAGGUGUGUGAGCAUGCGAUAGCCUAUGUGAUUGAAUGACUGGGUCAAACCCCAACACUUAACAUGAGUAAACAUGACUAAAGUAAUGAGGUAUUAUUUUUGAUUCCUCAUAUUAUAUCCAUAUAAUUUCAACAAUGAUAAACUACUCUCCUCAUGAGAGUAUAGCACUGCUCUGAUGUCAGUGUUCAUACUGUGAGCUAGCUAGCCGAUUCACCAGGGUUCCAAUGUAAUAACUUGUCAUUUCUCAGGCCUCUCUUAGUCACACAACUGGAGGCCUUUUCUAAAGGUCAUCUUUUGAUGCUAAUGCCUUUAUAAUGAGAUGGUGGGUUAUUUGCACUAGCCUCAACAGGCAGGACCAAAAUGCCACCAGAUUAAACCUGAAAGCAGCUAGCAUUUAAUGGAAACUCAAAGUUACUGCUGCGUUAUUUUUAUUUAUUUAUGUAGCCCAUUGAAUAUUUUUUUACAAUGGUUGCAUUUUAGAUAAUAGAUAAUCAUCAAUAAUUGUCAGUAUUUGUUGCAAGUGACGUACUGCAUUAGCCACAUACAGUAUUAGUAUUUGUGUGCUAGUUGGUAGCCUGUUCCCUCAUGCCCCUGGAUGUUGAAUCUCACUAACAGGGCUAUGAUAGUAGACCUCUCUGUUGUGUCUGAGCUGUGAUGCUGUGGAGAUUUACAACAAGGCUCAGCCUAACUCACACGUCAUAAUGGAGGAAUAAUGCUUCAUCUGAUCGACUUUCCUCUUACAUAAUCGACUUUGCUCCUUGGGUCUUUCAUGGAGAGCAGACCAUUCAGCUUGAGGUGGCGGUUGGGAGAGGGGAUACACGGACAAUGCUUACUUAGUACAUCAUCAACCCACGUCUGUGUAAAGGCAGAGUGGCAUAAAUUGAAGGACGAUGGCUGGGAAUUUGUGUAACUGCAGGGGCAGCUGACAUCCACAUUGUCAUACUGCAUUGUGCUUUUCAUGAGCUUCAGAUCUUUCCCUGCUUUAUAAAUAUAUAUAUUUUUUGAAUUGACAGAGAUGCUGUCAACGCCUUUUUAUUCUCUACAGAAGAGUAAAAAGCAGUGGUAUGGUUGGAGAGGAGAGGAGAGGGGGAGGCGUGGGAAGUAGAGGGGGCAAAUGCCAGCAGCAAGUCUGUCCAUUUCCCCUCCUCUCUCUCUUUCUACUCCAGCUGAUCUUCUCAUAAGCCUGAGUGGAUGUUUUCUGUUAUGUAAGACACUGGUGUUCCCUCCCAGCUGUUUUCUAUUGGACCACUACUGGCUGCCUAGUUAGAAUGUUCCAUACAGGGUAAUAAUGAGCAAAGAAGUAUUGCUGGUUAGCAGUCUUAUAGUUGCUACAGAUGUGCUGGCACCACCAAUAGCCUUUGUAUAAAAGGACAAUACUUUUUCUUUUCCGAAGGAAAAAGGGACUUCAAAAGAUGUAAACAACAACAAAAAUAUGUCAGUCGUGGUAUCGCGAUUCAUGGUCCACAGCUACCAUCCAUGAUGAGAAAUCACACACCUCAUAAUCUAUAGGCCUAGCUGUAGGCAUCAAUCAUCACACGCACAUCCAAGGUUAUGAAGCAAAGUUUUUAGCUUUAACUGUGGUACAUUUUCUGUACUCUCUGCUAGGCCUGUGUAAAUGUUGAAAUGUGCUCCUCUGUAGGCCCUGCCCUGGCCCAGGCUGUUGCUGCGGUGAUAAGGAGAAACCCCUUGGUGCACCGAGUGACGGUGUUAAAAAUAGUCCCUCAGAGGCGAGACCAAACACAGCUUACCUACUCCCGCCUCCCUCCCUCCUUUCAACUCUUCUUCACAGGCUGUGUGUUUCACAUGGUUCUAGCCAAGCUCUUUUAUGUAGGGUUUUAACCAUUGCAAUUUUUUGCUGCGUGUUUGUCUCGAAGAUCAAGACUUGCAAUAUUAUUUUAUUUUGACUUCUGAGGCUGUAUGUUUCAAAUGAGCAAGCUGAUUUAAAUGUGUGAUCUUACUCAUGUCUUGGAACAGGUCUUCCCUGUAAAAUAAGGUCUAUGUCAAUGAGACUAACCUUGAUAGGCCUACAGUUAGGGCUAAGUAGGAUUUCAACACUGCUGUACUUUCCACCUCAAUUGAUUCAGACUAAAAUCUCAGUUAUUUGUAGGGCAGUUGAUGGGUGUAUUGUGCUUAGGAGCAGUUCCUAGCUGUGACGUGCAACCCUCAAGCUAAAAUAUUCCUUCAAAAUGGGAGAGUGGUGCUGCUUGCUAUUUUGACGGUGGGCUUGGCUGUCAGUCGGAGGAGAGGGAAUAGAAUCUCCCCCUAGAGACCUGUCCCCAUUAAUGCACUCAUAGUGCAUCUCUCUCUCUCUCUUUCUCUCUCCCUCUCUCUCUCUCUCUCUCUCUUUCUCUCUAUCAAUCUUCUCUAUGUUUACCCCUCUCUCUCUCUGCUUCCAUUCCUUUUCUCUCUCUCUCCCUCUCUCAUUCUCCCCCUCUCUCCCUCUCUCCCUCUCUGUCUUCAAAGGAAAGUUUGUUGACGUGUCAUCCGUCAGAUUUGAGAGAGAAAGCAGGGCCUGGGCCCCUCGUCUUCAGAAUGAAGCACUCUGCUUAUUGCAGAUUAGUGGGUCAACACGCUCUAUUAUCAGAGGGCCAGAUUGAUGAGGAGUGGGAGCACUGCGGGUGCUGCUGAAAGCACACUAUAUUAGCCAGCUACAGACGUUGCCAAAGGCAGCUGCCAGGAAAUCAAUAAGGAACCUACCAGCAUGAGCUUCUGCAAGAAUAGAGGUUCUCUGACAGCCUAAAAUAUAUAGCUACUAACACAACCCAUUGGCCUUUUAUUCAAUUCACCUCACAGAUGGCAUGAUAUCAGAUGUAAAUCUCCAGUAUUUCUGUAUGCAUUUUACAUUUUAGUCAUUUAGCAGACGCUCUUAUCCAGAGCAACUUACAGCUAGUGAGUGCAUACAUUUUCAUACUGGCCCCCAGUGGGAAACGAACCCACAACCCUGGCGUUGCAAGCGCCAUGCUCUACCAACUGAGCUACAGGGGCCUUGGUUGGCACACUGUGUGCUUGUGAACAGAAUAACGCAACCAAGCUAUUGAUAUUGUUGUGUUAAUGCUGACAAGUUUAAGAAAAUAGUAUAUGCUUGGUAACAGCAGCAGGGUGUUGGGGUUACAGGCUCUGAUGUCACUGAUGCUGUAAAGAUUGUUGUCACACACUGUAAAAUAUGCAGAGGGGGCAAAACAUAAUUGUUUCAGCUGGUUGAUUAAUGGUCCAAGUUUGUUGGAGGUUUUCCCAUACAGCUUUGUGUGUGUGUGUGUGGGGGGGGGGGGGGUGGUAUAGAGUUGUGUGGCUUUUUCUCUGAGACGUGCCAUCACAUUGAAUCUACAUUGAACAGAAAAGUUUUUCCCAUUUUUCAUUUGCAAAGAUAAUCCAUCCACUUGACAGGGGUGGCAUAUCAAGAAGCUGAUUAAACAGCAUGAUCAUUACACAGGUGCACCUUGUGCUGGGGACAAUAAAAGGCCACUCUAAAAUGUGCAGUUUUGUUACACAACACAAUGCCACAGAUGUCUCAAGUUUUGAGGGACGUGCAAUUGGCAUGCUGACUGCAGGAAUGUCCAUCAGAGCUGUUGCCAGAGAAUUGAAUGUUCAUUUCUCUACCAUAAGCCACCUCCAACGUCGUUUUAUAGAAUUUGGCAGUAUGUUCAACCGGCCUCACAACCGCAGACCACGUGUAUGACGUCUUGUGGGCGAGCGGUUUGCUGAUGUCAACGUUGUGAACAGAGUGCCCUAUGGUGGCGGUGGGGUUAUGGUAUGGGCAGGCGUAAGCCACGGGCAACAAACCAAAUUAUAUUUUAUCGAUGGCAAUUUGAAUGCACAAAAAUACCAUGACGAGUCCCUGAGGCCCAUUGUGAGGCCCAUUUUUUAAAAACGUUAUCUGUGACCAACAGAUGUAUAUCUGUAUUCCUAGUCAUGUGAAAUCCAUAGAUUAGGGCCUAAUGAAUGUAUUACAAUUGACUGAUUUCCUCAUAUGAACUGUACCCCCAUAUAAUCAAUGAAAUUGUUGCAUGUUGCAUUUAUAUUUUUGUUCAGUAUAGAAGAAUAAAAGAGAAUGUGUUAUUUAGUGUAGAGUUCAGCAGAUACACGGUGGUGGUGUUAUAGCUUCAGCUGGCAUGGGGUCCAUGUGUGUCAGCAUAGCAGUUUCCUGAGAGCUGUCACUGUGAAGGCCUUGUGAAUCCAGCUCUUGAGACUAAUCACAGUCAAUGCCUGCCUCCCCUGCUCCCCCUUCACAGCUCCCCUGCUUCCCCUGUUUUCAGCACAGAGCUCCUGCUCAAACAUAUU